AUGUCAACCGUGGAUAAUGUUAAAUCCAUUUUUUGUAAAUCCAGGCAGUUUCAUUCUCGUGAAUUUGAAGAGUUAUAUCAGCGUUACUUUUUCCGUCUAAAUCAAACUAGUGUUACCUAUCUAAUGGUCUUAUUGAUUGUCGUGUGUGUUGUUAUUGUCGCAUUUCAUUUUUCCAGUGGUGAAAUUAUUAGUGAAGAUUAUUACGUGGCUAUAGUUUUGGGUAUUAUAUGCCUAUUUUAUGUAUUCCUGUUGGGAUUUAUCGCACAUGGUUUUGAAUGGUUUCAGCCUAAGCACCUUAAUUGGAUAUCAUGGGCAAUAUUUGCCACAAUGUGUAUUAUUGAAUUAAUGGAUACGGUCGUACGCAAAGUAGGAUUGCCAACAGAUGGCGUUUGGGUCUCAUUAAUUCUUAUUUACUUCAUUUAUACGAUGCUACCUAUAUCGAUGGGCUACGCUGCGUUAUGUUCCCUUGCUAUCCUUUCUAUUCAAAUUAUGACCACUGGUCUAACUUACUCGUUUCGUAGUAGUGCCUAUUCCAAUAAUUAUAUUUGGCGCCAGAUCGUAGCAAAUAUUUUAUUGUAUAUGUGUGCCAACUUAGCCGGAAUAUUUACACAUUAUCCGGUUGAGCUUGAACAACGUAAAGCAUUUAUUGAGACGAGGCGAUGUAUUGAAGCUCGUGUUAAAUCUCUACAUGAAAAUGAAAAACAAGAAAGUCUAUUAAUGUCCGUUUUGCCGCGUUACGUAGCAGUAGAAAUGAAUAGUGAUUUCUCAGCUAUAAGGCGUGAAAGUCAAUUAUUUCAUAAAAUUUAUAUUCAAAAGCAUGAAAAUGUUAGUCUAUUAUUUGCUGAUAUUGAAGGUUUUACGAAGUUAUCAUCUCAGUGUGACGCUCAAGAACUUGUGAAAACGCUGAAUGAACUUUUCGCUAGAUUUGAUCAGCUAGCACAGAAAAAUCACUGUUUGAGAAUUAAAAUUCUUGGUGAUUGCUACUAUUGCGUGUCUGGAUUGCCCGAUCCGAGGCCAGAUCAUGGACAUUGCUGCGUUGAAAUGGGCCUUUGCAUGAUUGAUUCUAUUGCUGUUGUAAGGGAAGCUACUGGCGUCGCUAAUUUAAAUAUGAGAGUUGGAAUACAUAGUGGAAAAGUAUUCUGUGGAGUUUUAGGCUUAAAAAAGUGGCAAUUUGAUGUAUGGUCUGACGAUGUCACUUUAGCCAACAAUAUGGAAGCUGGUGGCUUGCCUGGGAGAAUCCAUAUUACAGAAGGAACUAAGGAGUGUUUAAAUGGUGAAUAUGAAUUAGAAGAUGGGAAUGGUGCUAGUAGAAAUAAAUACUUGAAGGACAAGAAUUAUAAAACUUAUUUAAUCGUCCAAACUCCACGAAAUAAAGCGAGUGUUUCGCUACGGGAUGGCGAACGAGAGGGUAGAGGUCGGUCUAAUUCACAAACACGAUUAGAAGAAUGGGGUUCAGAGAAACCAUUUGGUGGCCAAGCCGUUAGUAUUCAAAUAUAUCAGCGACAUUUCAAUAAAUUAUGUGUUAAGAGUUUCGAAGAUGAAGUUAAUGAUCUACUUAAGCGAUCUAUUAAUGCUCGUAGUGCUGAUGGGUUAUUAUCAGAGAAAUCACACAAGUUUUUACUUAAAUUUAAGAACGCAGAUACAGAGCGCGACUAUGGUAAAACGCGUGAUCGUAUGUUCAACCGCUAUAUGUCAGCUGCCUAUGUCAUCUUUAUUUUUAUAUGCUUUGCUCAAAUUACCAUUUUGCCAAAGGAUCCUGUUAUGCUGCCAUUAUUUUUAACCGCUUUUGUUAUAUUAAGUUUGAUUGAAUUUAUGACUUUGGCAUAUAAAUUUAAGGCUCUACCAAAAUCUUUACGUCAUGCUUCGAGAUGGCUAGCUACAAAUCGCUAUAGUUGUCUUAUAUUAUCUAUUUCCACAAUCUUUAUCGUUUAUUUCACUUCCAUUGGAGUACUGUUUGGGUGUAGUACAGCUGCUGUUAACGGUCAAAACACUAUUCGUGGCUAUCCAGUAGAAAAUUAUUCGCAGUUAUUACCUGAUACGCCUAAUUGUAGUUUUCCUCAAUACUUUGACUUCAGCGUUAUUAUGGCACUAUUAUGUUGUGGAAUUUUCCUCCAAUUAAGUCAUCUGAUCAAGAUAGUAUUGAUGAUCAUUAUGACUGCCACUUACUUAGUUAUAAUACUAGCAUCGGAUUAUACGAUUAUAUUUGCAAGAUAUGAUAAUUAUUUUAACUUAUGUUUUAUUUUUUAUUUCAGGAAAUUUAAUUCCGCAUCAGCAAACUCAUACUCUCAACCUUCGCUUUCUACGAUUGCCGGCGUAGUUAUUUGCAUUUAUGUAGUAGCGCUUUCGAUUCAUGCUAGACAAAUUGAAGCUACAGCAAGGCUAGAUUUCCUAUGGAAAUUACAGGCUACUGAAGAGAAAAAUGACAUGGAAAUAUUAAAGAGACGUAAUCAGUUGUUACUUUGUAAUAUUUUGCCAGCUCAUGUCGCGGAGCAUUUUUUGAAAACUAAUAGAAGACAUGAGGAUUUAUAUUAUCAAUCCUGUGAUGAAGUAGCCGUUAUGUUCUCUUCAAUACCCAACUUUUCCGAUUUCUACUCCGAGUUGGACAGUGUUAGUGAGGGGGUUGAAUGCCUUAGGUUGCUAAACGAAAUUAUCGCAGAUUUUGAUGAGCUCCUAAUGGAAGAUGACUGUAAGUAUAUUGAAAAGAUUAAAACAACAGGACAUUCGUAUAUGGCCGCGGCUGGAUUAGUUCCUGAUCCGAAAUUAGAGCAAGAUGGAGCGAAAUGUACGGCCGCUUUAACUAAUUUUGCUAUGCGAAUGAUGGAUAGACUGGAAGAUAUCAAUAAACAUUCAUUUAACAAUUUUAAAUUACGAGUCGGCAUUAACUUUGGCCAAGUUGUAUCUGGGGUUAUUGGAGCCCGUAAACCACAAUAUGAUAUAUGGGGUAACACCGUUAAUGUUGCUAGUCGUAUGGAAUCUACCGGAAAACCUGGCUUUACUCAGGUUACAGAGGAAGUAACCAAAGUAUUAGCUGGACGUGGAUUCGUCUUUGAAUGCCGUGGUUUAAUAUCUGUGAAAGGUAAAGGGAAUAUGAUGACGUACUUUCUGCGUGGGAAAUCCGAUCAAUCGAUAGUUUAG